UUUUUUUUUUUUUUAAAUUUCAUUAUUCUUUUAUAUCAAUUGAUAUAGUAUAAAUGACUCGCCUUCAAUCCCCUUCAGAAUGGGUGGCACCUCUUGUUCCAAUUGCUUCUUUAGCUAUCUUACCUUUAGGGCCUAUCUUCUUUCCUCGUUUUUAUCUUUUAUUAUUAUUUCUUUAUUUUACAAUCUUUCUGUAUAGUCAAGUAAAUCAUGUCUGUAAAUUCUUUCUAACGUCUCGUAGAAUUCGUAUGACAAUACGUAAAUGGAACAAAAGACUUGAUACAACCAUUCUUUUGGCCAAUAAUAAUAAUUCAAACUUGAAGAAUCGAAUAGCCACAACUCAUUUAGAUGAUGAAACCUUGGAAGAUAUUGAAGAGAAAUUACAUUAUUUUGAUGAUACAUGUUAUUUUCAUGCCUUUAUUUUACCAAAUUAUUGUGAAUCUGAAGAAUUAUUAAAGGAUACAAUUGGACGUAUUGCAUGUCAUAGUAAUGCAAAUACACAUUAUGCUAUUAUUUUAGCUAUGGAACAAUCAGAACCAGGUUGGGAAUCUAAAGCUCAACGACUUGAAUCUUAUUUUGCAGAUCAGUUUGCACAUUUUAUUAUCACAGGUCAUCCGUCUAAUAUUCCUGGAGAAAGUCAAGGUAAAGGAUCUAAUGUAGCUUAUGCUGCUCGUCAUGGUUGUCAUCAACUUGUGACUAUGGGCGGUAUAGAUCGUGGUCGAAUCAUGAUCACUGUUUCUGAUUCAGAUUCAGCCAUUCCAGAACUUUAUAUUCGAGAAGUAGAAGAGGCGCUUCAUCGUAGUGAAGAUCCUAAUCAUAUCGUAUGUGCACCACCUAUUUUCUUUUCAAGGAAUUGUUUUGAUGUCCCAGCUGCUGUUCGUGUAACGGAUAUUACAUGGUCUGCUAUGGUCAUGUCUAAUUUAAGUACAGGUCGUGGCAUGUCUAUCCCAUGUAGUAAUUAUUCGCUGUCGAUGGUUUUAGCAGAAGAAGUAGGUUAUUGGGAUACGAAUGCAGACGCGGUGGGUGAAGAUAUGCACAUGUGGCUCAAAUGCUUUUGGAAGACGCAUGGUCAAGUUCGUACAGCACCUAUCUAUGUUCCUAUCAAUUUAACAAAUGUUCAAACAGAAGGUUAUUUAUCAAAUGUGAAUGCUCGAUAUGUACAAGCUAAAAGACAUUAUAAUGGAGUAGCUGAUGUUGCUUACACACUUCAACAUGCCUUCUGUACACCUACCAUCCUUCUCUAUGAACGUAUCAAGGUAUGUUUGAUUAUCUUGGAGGCUCACAUGAUUCCAGCUACCUCGGGUUGGCUUAUGUUUGCUGCCGUACCCUUUAUGCAAUUCAUUUUAUUCCCUCCCUUUGAAUCGCUAGCCUCCUCCAUUCUCUCACCAUCACCUGUCAAUAACCCCAUCCUCACAAGUGAAUUCUACCAUCAUCUCUGGACACUCACCAAGAUGCUUACCUUAUUCUUACCUUUACCACUCUUUGCCACACUUGCCAUUUAUGAACAAUUACAUCGUACCAUUGAUAAAGAAUUUCUGAAAAAGCAAAACAGUCGUGGAUGGCUUCAUUUAUUAGAUUAUGUCAAUUUACCUAUUGCUGCUUGGCUCUUUAUGACUUUACCAUCUACUCAAGCUUGCAUGAAACGAUUAUUAAAUCGAGAAGAAAAAUACAUUACUUCUGAAAAGUUAUUCAAGUAGAAAUACAUCAUUAUCAUUAUAUAUUAUUAUUAUUAGAGAAGAAGAAGCAGUUUUUUUUUUCACAACAUUUUUUUUUAAAUCUUAAUUACAAACACUAACUAUGUAAUAUCAUAUUACCUUUUUAUAUAAAUGUAUACAUAAAUGCAUGGAAUUAUAACCAAAUACUUUUUUUUUUCAUCCUACAAUUGAAAGAAUUUCAACAAGUGGGUGAGAGAAAAAGAGGCUUCAUUGUGUAGUAGUAGUAGUAGUAGUAGUGAUAGCUGCAGCAGCAUGUGUGUGUUCCUUAAAACCAUAAAAAAAAUAUGCUUUGAUAGUAAUAAAAUAAACUUUUUCUAAUGAU